CAUGACAUAACAUCUGUCUCUAUGACUGACGUCCAAAAUUCCUAUUGCUUAUUGCUUAGCUUUUCUGAUUCCAAUCUCAUUCCAAUAAUUUAAAUUAAUUAAGUUUCUAUUAUUCAUUUCCCUGGCAAAAUAUACGAAAUAGAUAUAUAGACGAUUUUUUCAUGAAUUGUGGAAGAUAAAUCGGUUGGACAAGGGUUCUAUGCAAUAUUGUAACGAAAUAAAUAAAAAUAUGAGUAAUGCAGGAAUUAACAGUGAAUUCUCUGAAGUUAAAGAAGUUAAUGGCAGUGUAAAUCAAGAUAAAGUUCGCAAAGGAUGGGUAAAAUUCGAUGAAGAGUCUCCAAAAACUGAAAAUGAGGGAUCAAGUUUACCACCCACCGCGGGAACCAGUACAUCCACCGCACCGACUGAGUCCGCUGCUGUCUUAAAGACAGAAAGUGUUCACAUUAAUUUGGAAAGAGGAGACAAAAAUGUUGAGCCCAUAUCAUUAAACACAUUAUCUAAAAAUGUUGAAUUUAUCAAUGUGCGUUCAGGAUUCGCGAAUGGUGACAUUAUUGUGACUCUGCUCCCUGUGAAUUCAAAAUGGCCUUGGGUGACAGCAGCCCGUUUUCGACCAGAACUUGUACCUGAGGAGUUGAUGGCACAAGGGCUGACUUUUAUUGAAAGUGAAGAAGGCAAAACAAUCAUGCAGGGCUGGGAACAGAGACUUGAUGUACCAACUAAUGAUAUUGUUAUACAAGGAACUCAGUCUACUAGAUUGUCAAGGAAACAGGGUAUGGCAGAGCAAGUGUACCUCCGGUACCUGCAGCGGUGGGGGAAAGACUUCCUGCGCCGGAGGCUCGACUGGACUCUUGACGAGGAAGGCGGCAACCCCGCCGCCCCGCGGCAUUUAACACAGGCGCUCUGCCCUUGUCAAUAUGUUGAGGAAGAAAGAGGCGCUCUUCUAUUCCUACGGUAUGCGGGACGAUGGGGAACACUGGCUGUUAAAAAUAAACUCAACUUGAGCAGCCUAGUGGCAGGACGUCAUGGUGAGAAAUAUGUUUGUCCAUGUCAGUACAUUGAAGAGCACCUCAAGCAUUCAUUAAGUCAUUUUCAGUGA